AUGUCGGCAUCUGUAUGUCCUCAGCAUCGCUACUCAGCUUGCUCCUCCACCUCCAUUAAAGUGGAAGGAGGUGGAGGGGCCGACCAAAUCACCCCAGACGAGGAGCAGAGGCUGGGUCAAGCCGGCUUCAUGCAGAGGCAGUUCGGGGCCAUGCUCCAGCCGGGGGUCAACAAAUUCUCCUUGAGGAUGUUUGGCAGCCAGAAGGCCGUGGAGAGGGAGCAGGAAAGGGUUAAGUCUGCCGGGUUCUGGAUCAUCCAUCCCUACAGCGACUUCAGGUUUUACUGGGAUUUGACCAUGCUGCUCCUGAUGGUAGGGAACCUGAUCAUCAUACCUGUGGGCAUCACAUUCUUCAAGGAUGAAAACACUACCCCAUGGAUUGUCUUCAAUGUGGUCUCAGACACCUUCUUCCUCAUCGACCUUGUCCUCAACUUCCGAACAGGCAUUGUGGUGGAGGACAACACAGAGAUCAUCCUCGACCCACAGAGGAUCAAGAUGAAGUACCUGAAGAGCUGGUUUGUGGUGGAUUUUAUCUCCUCCAUACCCGUGGACUACAUCUUCCUGAUUGUGGAAACCCGCAUUGAUUCUGAGGUGUACAAGACAGCCCGGGCACUGCGCAUCGUGCGCUUCACUAAGAUCCUCAGCCUCCUGCGGCUCCUGCGGCUCUCCCGACUCAUCCGCUAUAUUCACCAGUGGGAGGAGAUCUUUCACAUGACCUACGAUCUGGCCAGCGCAGUGGUGCGGAUCGUGAACCUGAUUGGGAUGAUGCUGCUGCUGUGUCACUGGGAUGGCUGCCUGCAGUUCCUCGUGCCUAUGCUGCAGGACUUCCCCGAUGAUUGCUGGGUGUCCCUCAACCGCAUGGUGAAUGACUCCUGGGGGAAGCAGUAUUCCUAUGCGCUGUUCAAGGCAAUGAGUCACAUGCUCUGCAUUGGGUAUGGGCAGCAGGCGCCCGUUGGCAUGUCAGAUGUAUGGCUCACUAUGCUGAGCAUGAUUGUCGGUGCCACCUGCUAUGCCAUGUUCAUCGGCCAUGCCACAGCUCUAAUCCAGUCUCUGGACUCCUCACGGCGUCAGUACCAGGAGAAGUACAAACAAGUGGAGCAGUACAUGUCCUUCCACAAACUCCCUGCAGACAUGCGGCAGCGCAUCCAUGAUUACUAUGAGCACCGCUACCAGGGCAAGAUGUUCGAUGAGGAGAGCAUCCUGGGAGAGCUGAGUGAGCCCCUCCGGGAGGAAAUCAUAAACUUCAACUGCCGGAAGCUGGUUGCCUCCAUGCCCCUCUUUGCCAACGCAGAUCCCAACUUUGUGACAUCCAUGCUGACCAAGUUGCGGUUUGAGGUGUUCCAGCCAGGGGAUUACAUCAUUCGGGAGGGCACCAUUGGCAAGAAGAUGUACUUCAUCCAGCACGGGGUGGUGAGCGUCCUCACCAAAGGCAACAAGGAGACCAAGCUGGCAGAUGGCUCCUAUUUCGGAGAGAUUUGCCUGCUGACCCGUGGCCGGCGCACAGCCAGUGUGCGAGCUGAUACCUACUGCCGGCUCUACUCCCUCUCAGUGGACAACUUCAAUGAGGUGCUGGAAGAGUAUCCCAUGAUGCGGCGAGCUUUUGAAACUGUGGCACUGGACAGGCUGGACAGAAUUGGUAAGAAAAAUUCCAUUCUGCUGCAUAAAGUCCAGCAUGACCUCAAUUCGGGUGUUUUCAACUACCAGGAGAAUGAGAUCAUCCAGCAGAUUGUGCAGCAUGACAGAGAGAUGGCACACUGUGCUCACAAUGUCCAGGCAGCCGCCGCCGCCGCUGCUGCAGCCGCAUCCACACCCACCCCUGUCAUCUGGACUCCACUGAUCCAGGCACCCCUGCAAGCUGCAGCAGCCACCACGUCUGUCGCUAUAGCUCUGACCCACCACCCACGUCUCCCAACAGCCAUCUUCCGUCCUCCAGUGUCUGUCUUGGGUUCCUUGGGACAAUCCAGCCAGACUCCAAGACAGCUGAAAAGGCUUCAGUCUCUAAUCCCAUCAACUGGGCCUUCUGCUGUAGGCUCUCCCUCCAGUACUCCAUCUCAGCUGCAUACACCAGGAGCAGAAACCCCUUCAUCCUCUUCCUUCCACAUCCAGCAGCUCGCAGGAUUCUCAGCCUCUGCUGGCUUAGGCCAGUUCCACCAGGCCUCAGUGGGAUCUCCUCCAGCUGGCUCAAGCCAGCCAGUUUUGAGCGGCACGUCCUCAGUGGGACUGAACCAGUUCCAGCAAGCAUCUUCUGGAUCACCGUUAGGGACAGGUCAACCCAUGCAGCAGCAGCAACAGCAGCAGCAGCAGCCGCCGCCCCUUUCCAGCAGUGGAUUUGGGCACUUCCAGCAAGCAACAACUAGCUCCCCAUCAACCUCAUUCACCCAGCUGUCGUCAAAUUCACCCCCCAGUCUUCUCAACCAGUUUCAGCCCACCACAAGACCUCUGCAGGGGGGACAGUUACAGCAGCUCUCGGGCAGUGGGACUUUGGGGGGAAUUAAUCACUUCCAACCCCCUCCUUCUUCCAGUUCUCCAUCCUCCAGCCUAAGCCAGCUUGCACAGGCCUCUGGUGGGCCAUCCUCAGGCCUGUGCCAAACACAUCCAAGUGCAUUAGGAUCUUUAACUGGAACGAUAGCCCAGCUCCACCAAGAAAGGUCACCUUUUGCCUCCAUGUCUCCACUACAGCAGUCUGGCGUCGCCUCUCCCUGUUAUACUCCUUCUGGCCUUAGUCCUCCUAGUCAGAGCCCAGUGGCAACAAGAACUUUUCAGUGUGGCCCUUCCGGGGCCUCCGGCUCUCACGGAUCUCUGCUCCUGUCUCAGACCGCCAGCCCGCCUCCUCAGAUCCUGCAGUCCAAGAGCACGCCACCCCUGCCGCCGGGACGUCUGAGCCAGGACAUCAAGCUGAUCUCUGCUUCCCAGCCAUCUUUGCCCCAAGAGCUGGCUCAGACGCUGAGCCAAAGUUCUCCUCAGUCCUCCAGGGAAUCUGUUUCCAGCUUCUCUCCUUUCCCUGGUGGAGGGGCUGGACUUCUUGGGAAGCCUUGUAGCUCAAUUCCUGGGCGUGUGACUUUACCACGUCAGAUGUCCUCAGGUUCUUUACCACAUCCACUGGUGUUUGGGGCCAGCGCUGCAGGCACUACUUCUCUGACUGCUGGUGGGCGGAAAGAAUCCAUAGUGCUCACAGGGGAUCUGGAGCCUGUCAGAUCCAAACUGCCCUCCAAUUUGUGAGGACUCCUUCUGAAAGCUGGUUAUGUCAGCCGUGCAAUUUAGUUCCCGAUUAGACUUUCAUGAAUCAUUUUUUCUUUUUCUUUUUUUCUCUUUUUUUCCCCCCAUUUCUUUUCUUUAGGUUUAACUGUGAUUAGAAAUAAACAAAAACAUUAAAAAACAACAAAAAAGAAGAUAACCAGGUAUUCUUAGAGCUAUAGAUUUUUGGUCACUUGAUUUUUUAGAAUAUUUUAAUACAUGGAGCAAAAGGAUAUUGGAAAAUUUAAUCCAACGAGGUAACGCACAGACAAGGCGUGUGCCUGAGCUGGAACAUAUGAAUGAUCAGCCAUAGAAGCCACCAAAAAUGGUUUUCCUGUUGAGACAAAGAUCCGAGGUUGACGUGGGCCAUAAAAGGGAACAUCAGGUCAGGCCCGUAGCUGGUGUAUUUGGAACAGCUCUGGUUGGCCUCAGCUUCGCACUGCUUUGCACCAGCUGUGAACCUAGCCCCGCAGCACCUAGAUUUGGGGGGACUUGGAUUACUCACUGCACACAUCGGAAAGUUUCACUUCCUCCCAGGUUUUCUCCUGUGAUCAGCAGGUUGCAGAGGAAGCAAGAAGAGGGGUGAGUUUCACUAAAGCGGUCCCUCCCAGGAGUUGCAGAAGGGCUGAGUUUUUGUUUGUCUCUUUCUUAGACUCCAUCUGAAGAAGAUAAAGGUGACCAGGAGAUGGACGGGCCUGACUUCAGAUGCUUGUCUCUUUCUCGUUCCGCUGAUGCUCUAGUGGGAACAAGAAAUAGUACUCAUAGGGAGGGCAGUGAAUAUCCCUGCUGUAUUGCCAUAGGCAUCGUGGAUGUGGGUUAUGGGAGGAGAGAUCCCAACUCUGUGCCAGCACGCCGGGCUACUGGCCCCGGCAGAAGAGCUCAAGCCUCAGCCUCUUCGUGGUUUGAAAAGCAUGUGUGCUGCAUUCCUGGUUGGGGCAUGCAAAGCAAGGGGAGGGAUGAAGAAAGAGACAGCACUUUAACCGUCACUCUCUCAGUCUUAAUGUCUCAGUGUCCAUGGGCUGACUGCUUUAAAAAGAACUGGGCAGAAUAAGAUCAAAAAGUGGGGUGCAGUCAUCCCAGCCCUCUUCCUCCUCAGCCCAUGGGAGUUUGAGCUUUGAGGCAGUGAGGGUAGUAUUGGUGCCCAGCCAAGAAAUCCUUCAGAUUUGCAACUAUGUUUAUACCAUUAAAAAAGAUGAAAACCAGAAAUUUGGCCAGCCACGGUCCAUGCUUCUCCUCUGAUGGGGGAAUUGAAAUCGUUUGCUUGAUUUCACCAGCAAUAACAGCCUGCAUUGGCUCUGGUCUCGCCCUGCAGUUGCAGCAUCACUGGACAUGUCUGAAGCCUGGCAGGGUCCUUGAGCUGGAUUUUUGGGGCUCCCCUGAGCUAAAGUGGGAAGAAGACAGUAAGGGGCCAUUGGGUGCACACAGCACUGAGAAGCUACAGCCUUUACCUCUAGAACAAAUGUCUCCUUUUCUUUUAUUUUUGUUUUGUUUUGUUUUGUUUUCCCUUAACCCAGCAGGUGUCUCUGGGCCCUCACGGUAAAGAGUCAGGUGCUCAAUUUUUCUAACAUUUGCUAGAAAUACAUGUCCAGCCUCCCUCUGUUUCCAACUAUGACGAAGGCCCUCCAGCCCACAAGGGGAAGCAGGACUUCCUGCAGCAGUGCCAAAACAACUUAAUAAUUAUCACAAUAACAGUGCAGAUCCUUCUGGCCCCCCUUACCUCCACCUGCCCCCACUCUCUCCCAAAACAUUGGUUGACAGCUAAUUUUUAGGUGGAAUUGUUUGCAAA